AUGGAGUUUGUGCGGGCGCUGUGUCUGGGCCUGGCGCUGGCGCUGGGGCCGGGGUCCGCGGGGGGCCACCCGCAGCCGUGCGGCGUCCUGGCGCGCCUGGGGGGCUCCGUGCGCCUGGGCGCCCUUCUGCCCCGCGCGCCUCUCGCCCGCGCCCGCGCCCGCGCCGCCCUGGCCCGGGCAGCCCUGGCGCCGCGGCUGCCGCACAACCUGAGCUUGGAGCUGGUGGUCGCUGCGCCCCCCGCCCGCGACCCCGCCUCUCUGGCCCACGGCCUGUGCCAGGCUCUGGCGCCUCCCGGCGUGGCGGCCCUGCUCGCCUUUCCCGAGGCUCGGCCCGAGCUGCUGCAGCUGCACUUCCUGGCGGCCGCCACCGAGACCCCCGUGCUCAGCCUGCUGCGGCGGGAAGCGCGCGCGCCCCUCGGAGCCCCGAACCCAUUCCACCUGCAGCUGCACUGGGCCAGCCCCCUGGAGACACUGCUGGAUGUGCUGGUGGCGGUGCUGCAGGCGCACGCCUGGGAAGACGUCGGCCUGGCCCUGUGCCGCACCCGGGACCCCAGCGACCUGGUGGCCCUCUGGACAAGCCGGGCUGGCCGGGCCCCACAGCUGGUCCUGGACCUAAGCCGGCGGGACACGGGAGAUGCAGGACUGCGGGCACUCCUGGCCCCGAUGGGGGCACCAGUGGGGGGUGAAGCACCAGUACCCGCGGCGGUCCUCCUCGGCUGCGACGUUGCCCGUGCCCGUCGGGUGCUGGAGGCCGUACCUCCCGGCCCCCACUGGCUGUUGGGGACGCCAUUGCCACCCAAGGCCCUGCCCACCGCAGGGCUGCCGCCAGGGCUGCUGGCGCUGGGCGAGGUGGCACGACCCCCGCUGGAGGCUGCCAUCCAUGACACCGUGCAGCUGGUGGCCCGGGCGCUGGGCAGUGCAGCCAAGGUGCAGCCAGAGCGUGCCCUCCUCCCCACCGCAGUCAACUGCGGGGACCUGCAGCCGGCCGGCCCUGAGUCUCCCGGGCGCUUCUUGGCAUGGUUCCUGGCCAACACGUCCUUCCAGGGCCGCACGGGCCCCGUGUGGGUGACAGGCAGCUCCCAGGUAUACAUGUCUCGUCACUUUAAGGUGUGGAGCCUGCGCCGGGACCCACGGGGUGCCCCGGCCUGGGCCACGGUGGGCAGCUGGCGGGACGGCCAGCUGGACUUGGAACCCGGGGGUGCCGCUGCAAGGCCCCCACCCCCGCUGGGUGCCCAGGCCCGGCCCAGGCUGCGUGUGGUAACACUGGUGGAACACCCAUUUGUGUUUGCCCGUGAUCCGGACGAAGACGGGCAGUGCCCCGCAGGGCAGCUGUGCCUGGACCCCAGCACCAACGACUCGGCCACCCUGGACGCACUGUUCGCCGCGCUGGCCAAUGGCUCAGUGCCCCGCGCCCUACGCAAGUGCUGCUACGGCUACUGCAUUGACCUGCUGGAGCGGCUGGCGGAGGACACGCCCUUCGACUUCGAGCUGUACAUCGUGGGUGACGGCAAGUACGGCGCCCUGCGGGACGGCCGCUGGACCGGCCUGGUCGGGGACCUGCUGGCCGGCCGGGCCCACAUGGCGGUCACCAGCUUCAGCAUCAACUCCGCCCGCUCACAGGUGGUGGACUUCACCAGUCCCUUCUUCUCCACCAGCCUGGGCAUCAUGGUGCGGGCACGGGACACGGCCUCACCCAUCGGUGCCUUUAUGUGGCCCCUGCACUGGUCCAUGUGGCUGGGCGUCUUUGCGGCCCUGCACCUCACCGCACUCUUCCUCACUCUGUACGAGUGGCGCAGCCCCUACGGCCUCACGCCGCGUGGCCGCAACCGCAGCACCGUCUUCUCCUACUCCUCAGCCCUCAACCUCUGCUACGCCAUCCUCUUCGGACGCACCGUGUCCAGCAAGACGCCCAAGUGUCCCACGGGCCGCCUGCUCAUGAAUCUCUGGGCCAUCUUCUGCCUGCUGGUGCUGUCCAGCUACACGGCCAACCUGGCUGCCGUCAUGGUUGGGGACAAGACCUUCGAGGAGCUGUCGGGGAUCCACGACCCCAAGCUGCACCACCCGGCUCAGGGCUUCCGCGUCGGCACCGUGUGGGAGAGCAGCGCGGAGGCGUACAUCAAGAAGAGUUUCCCCGAAAUGCACGCGCACAUGCGGCGCCACAGUGCGCCCACCACGCCCCACGGCGUGGCCAUGCUCACGAGCGACCCCCCCAAGCUCAACGCCUUCAUUAUGGACAAGUCGCUCCUGGACUACGAGGUCUCCAUCGACGCCGACUGCAAACUGCUGACCGUGGGCAAGCCCUUCGCCAUCGAGGGCUAUGGGAUCGGACUGCCCCAGAACUCACCGCUCACCUCCAACCUGUCCGAGUUCAUCAGCCGCUACAAGUCCUCUGGCUUCAUUGACCUCCUCCACGACAAGUGGUACAAGAUGGUGCCUUGCGGCAAGCGGGUCUUCGCGGUUACAGAGACCCUGCAGAUGAGCAUCUAUCACUUCUCGGGCCUCUUCGUGUUGCUGUGCCUGGGCCUGGGCAGCGCUCUGCUCAGCUCGCUGGGCGAGCACGCCUUCUUCCGCCUGGCACUGCCGCGCAUCCGCAGGGGGAGCAGGCUGCAGUACUGGCUGCACACCAGCCAGAAAAUCCACCGCGCCCUCAACACGGAGCCGCCAGAUGGGUCGAAGGAGGGAAAGGCAGAGGCGGAGCCCAGCGGCCCCGAGGUGGAGCAGCAGCAGCAGCAGGGCCUGCCAGUGGCUCCAGAGGGCUGGAAACGGGAGCGCCGGGUCGUGGACAAGGAGCGCCGCGUGCGCUUCCUGCUGGAGCCCGCCGUGGUUGUGGCGCCCCAAGCGGACGCAGAGGCGGAGGAUGCCCCGCGAGAGAGCCCCGUCUGGCUGUGCUCCAACGGCCGCCCGCCCGCUGCAAGGCCCACGGGAGACCCGCAGCCCGGGGAGCUGCAGGAGCUGGAGCGGUGCAUCGAGAUAGCGCGCGAGCGGCUCCGCCAGGCCCUGGUGCGGCGAGGCGAGCUCCUGGCACAGCUCGGGGACAGCGCACGCCACCGGCCUCUGCGCCUGCUUCAGGCCUCAGCGGCCCCCGGGGAGGACCCACCACACUCUGGCCGACGGCGGAGCCGCGAGUAAGGUGGCAGCCAGGCCCUUUGGGCUCAAGACACACACAUAGCGCAGUGGGCCGCUGUCAACAGACAGUUUAUUCUAUAUACAAACACAAUUUUGUACACUGCAAUUAAAUAGAAUGGAAUGAGCGCUCCUC